GAAGGGGCAGAGCCAAAGGAAUCCGCUCGCUCCCCAAGCCAGUCCCCGCCUCCCGAUGGGAUCUCGGAGGCGGCAGGCGACCGCCCGAAUCAGACACCACGUCACGGCAUCCCAAAGCAUCCCCUCUAGCGAAGCCCACGGCGGAGCCGCACAGCAAAGGAAAGCCGAGCGGCAGCAGCCGGAGCGCGCUUUGGGGACCCGGGUCGCAACGACUCGUCCCCCCGCUCAAGUGUCAGCAGGCAACCCGCCCCGCCCCCUCUCCAAACACGCACUCCUCACAGCACCACAACAAGAGCAGCCCGCCCGGCUCCUCGCCUGCGCGGCUCAGCACUGGUCCCAGUGUCAAGCCCGCGCCCCCGCGGCCAGCAGCCGGUCUCGGGAACCCUGGCCAGCGUCCGCGCCUCGCGCUCUCCUCAGUGGAGAGGACAACAGGGAAAAAGCAGGGACGCGGACAGCCAGCCAGACGCCCCGGAUUCACCCCGGGGUUCCUUGACCUCGACCUCCAGUGUCCCAUCACCAGGCGUGCCGGAGUCCCCCUCGGUCCACUUGAGGGAGCCCCGCGAUCCCGUUAGGAAACAACGGAGGAUGGGGCUGACCGCCCCAAGCCGGACUCCCCAUGACUAGCCCAGCGCCCCCAUACCCUGGAUAGCCUGCCAGCUCUCCCCGGGAUCCUGCCUGAGAGACACCCACCUGCCCGGCCUUUCGGGGCUCAUCUAAAAGGCUCCUCCGCCAAGACUAGGGGACACCAGGAAUUAGGUUUGUUUGCGGUGCCUCAGAAGGGGCAAGAUGGCGACAGAUACCAGAGCGCAGGCGCAAGCGCGCGCGGCUCAUCGGGAGGUGUAGUUCGCCUUUCCCGCCUUUUGCGAAACGAGCACUCAAAAGCCUCCAUUCGUUCUGUCCUUUUUUUCCACCGCGUUUUGAAAGGAAAGGAAGAGCGUCGCGGGGCCUGCUGGGAGUUGUAGUCCAAGCUCAAACGCCGUUCUCUUUCUCUCUCUCUGCUUGCCGGUCGCGUGCGCAAGGAGGUCUGGGAGUGUAGUUCCUUUUGGCUUCUACAUGACCCUCCAGUCUCUAGCUUCGCGCGCCUAUGCCUCCCGGCCUUUCCCAGCCAAUCGGCUGCUCUUUCAGCUAAACGUGUGGCGUCACACGUACCGGCCAAAAUGGCGUCGGUAAUUGGAGCUGAGCUUCGACCUUUACUUUAGCGAGGUUAGGGAUGAGAAGAACACAGCUUGGUCCCUUAUGGAGGGUUGAGGAUUAAGAUCUGGCUCUUCAAAUCACCCGCGUCCUUCAGCCACCCAGACGACAACUCAAGAGAGAUUAUUCACGCUACGAGAACGGAGAGAGGACCUCACGGUGGCCCGUAACCCCUUCUCGGUGUUAAGAGUUGCAAGUCGAGGAAGGGAAUCCGAGCGUUCUCGGUUAGGUAGUACAUCAUGUGCGAAAUAGGAAAGGUAGUGAUAUAUCGUCCUGUCUGACAAAGGGAAGAUGGGAUUUACUUGUGGCACUACGAUAUGAUGGAAAGAGGCCAUCGAUGUAUUGUUAUAACUAUCCGGAAAAAUCAAGAUUGGUUUCUACUAUUGUAAAUUCCAUCAAAUUGUGUUGUGUUCUCCCUCUAAAUGAGGAACUCAGGUAACAUCGGAUGCAAUGAAAGUGCAUAAAUCUAAAAGAAUUGUUGGUAUGCACCCUGCUGUUAGCAAAUUCCCUUGAAAACCUGGGUUACCACUGGGAGGACAUUAGCUCAGUGGUAGGUUGCUUGUAGAGUAUGUGCAAGACCUGUAUCCCUGAAUUCUAAUUCCUAGCACCAAAUGGGGCGGAAGUUGACGACAAAGCCUACUCUGUGGGAAUAUUCAGAUACACAACGUGGAUAAAACAUCUUUUCCUGUGGGUCGCUAUGAAUUACAGUUGUAAUCCCAGCACUGGGGAAGUGGAAGAAGGAAGAUCAGGAAACAAUUCAAGGUCCGCCUGAACUGCUAGAGGCCCUGUGACCAAAAACUGUUUUGGGUUUGCUGCUGCUGCUGCUGCUGUUGUUGUUGUUGUUAAUAAAUUGUGAACCAAUGCAUAAA